AUGAUUCAGCUUAGCAUGAAUUAGGAUUAAAAUUACAAUAUAAUAUUUAAUCUGUAAAUUCAUUUUCUCUCCAAUACCCAUUUUUUAAAAGAAUUGUUGACUGAUAGCAUUUAAUAGCUGAAUCAGGACACUGUAAGCAAGAAUUAUCUAGCAAAUUUAGAGAAUACUUUCCUUCAGGGCAAUCCUCACAAACUAUUGAGUUGCUUUGCUGCUUAUUAGUACUGCUUUAAGUAUACAUUCCCUUUUGAAUCAGAAAAUUUUGGAAAUAAAUUGGAAACAACUUGUAAGAUCAUUUAAUUAUUUGGUUUAAAAAUAAUUUAUGCAUUCAGUUUAAAUCCAUUGUUUGUAAAUUACUUUGAUUACAGCUCUCCAAGACACUAUAUUUACUAUGUAGAUUAGUCCCACUACAGAGAAACGCUAAUUUACUACAAUAUUAAUUAAACAUCAUUACUGUAUUAUUAAGUGCUAGUAUAAUUAGCAUUACUAGGUAUAAAGAUUGGAUGGUCCUCUUCAUCAAAUUCCACCUCCAAUUAAAGCCUUAUUUGA